AUGCAAACCGAAAAUGGUGAAGAAGAGGGGAAGGUAAUUGAAAAGACUAGCAUAAAUAAUGAAGAUGCAUCAGAAGCUAUCAUUUCUGAGAACAAAAUUUGUGAUGAAAAUCUUGAAUCUUCUUCAUCUUGUUCGUCGUCGUCUUCGAAGGAAAACGCUAAAUUAUCAGGACCGCCUUCAGCCAGCAGCAAACAGGCUGAUGAUGAUUCUGUUGUUCUAUGCCCAGAAUGUGGAAGUGCUACGGAUUUAAGGCAAUUGAAAAAAUCUUCUUAUAAGCCUCGUCGUCGUUCACAGGUUGUUUGGAUUUAUAGAGCUCUGUGCUCAAAUAUUUCUUGCGGGACAUGGACGGGACCGUAUAGGCGAUUUGAGAAUUCGUCAUUUAUUGAUGUCGAUGAAGGAGGAGCAUCUGUAACAGAAGUUCGAAAAAGGAAGUUAGGCAAUGAGCCUAUUGCUGUCCAAAUUAUACAACAACAAGUUGUUCAAGUGCCAAAGAAUACAUCGAUUGCUGAAACUCAGACUGAGAGUCGCGAAUUUGUCACAUCCGCUUUAAUACGGGAGGUCAUCGACAAAGAAUUAUUGAUUGAUUUUUUCGACAACGAAGACUUGAUGCUCAAUGCCACCCCGUUAAAGCUUAAAAAACAGAUAUUCAUCGCCAAAUCUAUAAUGGAAAAUCAGAAACGGGAAAUUCAAAUGUUAAAAGAAAAUCAGAACAAAUAUCGAGAAGUAACCAAAAAAUUUUCGGAGGCGAAUAGAGCAUUGCGGAUGACAUACAAUGAUCAACUGGGACGCUUAAAAGAUGAUAUUAACGAGUUACGUGAAGAAUUUAGCGCGCACCAUCUUGAAGUGAUUUCCGAGACAAAAAAGAACAAAAUGAAAUUUGAGAAGGAAAAGGAACUUUUGCGACAACGUUAUGAUGAUUUGGAACUGAAAAAUCAAAAAUUGGAAGCUGAUUUGGAAUAUCGCGACAAAUUGGUUGAAUAUGAACGAGCAAGAGCCGAAUUUUUCUUAAGGCAGAAAGAUAUUUUCGAGCAGAGGCAAAAUGCUGCGAAAGAGUAUGCAGAGGAGAUGAAAGCCAAAAUGGAAGACAAACUUUACAUUAAGAAUAAUGAAAUGUGCACAAAAUGCCAAUGUGUGGAGAAAUCUCGCAAAAAGUUGGCGGCGGAAAUGGCAGCGAUGACACUUUCCUUGGAGCAAGCAAUUCGAGAGAAAAAUGAGAGCAUUGAGAGACGCGAAAAAGCUGAACGAGUAUCCCAAAUUCUUGGCCAAGAAGUGGAUAAAAACUCGUACGAAAUGCGAACUUGGAAAGCACAAGCCGAAAAGUUUAAAAAAGAAUGUGCGAGCCUCACUCAGACUAUUAAAGAAAUGAAAGAUGCAAAAAUGAAAGCUUCUCAGAAUAUAAUGAAGGCCGAUUUUAUGCCGAGAACACCCGGCGGAACUCCUGAAACUGCAAUUCGGACACCAGUAUCGGAAGUAAUGAAAGGAACACCUAAAAGCGUCUCUUGUACCCCAAGCACUGCAGAAAUUGAGCGCGAAACUCCGGAAGAUAGUGAAAUAGUUGAGAACACUUCAUCUCCACGUGUAUUGAAUGGAUUGAAGGCUAAAUUGAAUUUGAAAUCACCGAAGCCGUAUGAGUUAAUACUUCCGAAACCACCAGAACCACCAGCUCCGAUUGCUGAAGGAUUUGCCUCGUGGAUUCCGAAGGAGAAACUAUCCGCUCCUGCUCCGCUUUUGAAUGCGUUUGGACUUCCGAUUGAGAUGGAGAAACCUGAGCCGAAACAAGAAACACCAGUGAUUCCUCCAUCUCAGGUGCCGGCGCCAUGGGAGAAGACCAACAAUAUCAAUCCGAAGGGCUCGUCCGCUUUGGCGUUGGCAGCAGCGAGAGUUGAAGCAGCCGACUUUUUGGGAGGAUCGACUCUUCCGAAAGCGAGAAGUCGAGCGCUUGAAGAGGUGCGAAAUCGGGAGGAUUCGACAGGAGGCGAAACAAUGAGCAAGAGAGCCAAAAAGCGAGAACGAAAGGAGAUAAUGGCAAAAAUGCGGGCUGUGCCUGAGAUGAAAUUUAUUGAAUCUGCGUCAUCGUCACCUGUGCAAAAACUUCCUCCUCUAUACGGUGAAUCAAUGAAAAAGAUCCCGAAAAAGUCGUCUGCUCCAACACCAGCAACGAACAGCGAUGAUGAACCUGGUACUCCUAAUGAGAUUCCUGGUCUUUCGCUUUUAAAGCCAUCAUUACGAGAAGAAGAUGCUGGCCCUUCUUUUUCUCCGUCUGCUUCGACUUUUCAAGAAGUAUCAUCGAUACCAGCUCGUUCUAGAAAUAGUUCGACGAGUUCGACGAAACCUCCACUGCGUCCAGCAGAAAUUCGAGGAAAUCCAUUCGGAAUUCAGCCGGCAGUUCGAAAACUCAGUCCGUUACGUGUGACACCGGAAAUGACACGGCAUCACUCAGAAAACCCUCGACCUGCUCCGUUUAUCGAUCGACGUGGCCCAACGUCAAAUUGCACCGAAUGGACUGAUUCUCGUCCACUGCCGCCGGAUCGAAGUUUCUCCUAUUUACCAUGGCAUCGGACUUCUCCUGCGAAUCAUCAGCCGCCAAGACAACAAUAUGAAUCACCAUUCGGGAUUGUGACAUAUAAGAAUGAUGAUUCGUGGGGACGACCUUUUCCGGUGCCCGAAUCACACCGGCGAGACGAAUCUUGGAAUCGGUCAUCAUCUGUUAGCUUUUUUUCAAGACCUUCAGAGCAGCCACAGGACCCUCGAUUUGGACCGAAGCGUUCAUUUUGGGAAUAA